AUGAAUCCCGCCAACAACAGCACUGCCACCGACGGCGGAUUCCUCGGGUCCCAGAACAUCGGCGGGUUCGGGUACGGAAUCGGGGUCUCCAUCGGCAUCCUCCUCCUAAUCACCACCAUCACUCUCGCCUCCUACUUCUGCACCCGCAACAACAACAACCAGCACGCCUCCUCCUCUGCCGCCGCCGCUUCCCCGCAGCGGAGGGAAUCGGCGGAGCACGUGGCGAUCGAGAUCGGAUUGGACAGGGCGACGCUCAAGAGCUACCCGAAGCUGCUAUACGCGGAAGCCAAGCGGCAGAAGAAGGACACCACGGCGUCGUGUUGCUCCAUCUGCCUGGCGGAUUACAAGAACACCGACGUACUCCGCCUUCUGCCCGACUGCGGCCACCUCUUCCACCUCAAGUGCGUCGAUCCCUGGCUCCUCAAGCACCCCACGUGUCCCGUCUGCAGGACCUCGCCGCUGCCGUCUCCUCUCUCCACGCCGCUCGCCGAGGUCGUCCCGCUUGCCAGCAGGCCGCGCGGAUAG